GGCAACAAAGAGAGCAUGGCAGAAGAGCCAAGUCUUGAAAAGAAGGAAAUUGCUGAUAGCGUGAAGGUCAAGAAUGAAGCCAGUGCUCGGCAGGAAAUCACUUUCGAAAGCCCGCAGAUUGGGUGGAUGGACAUGGAUGAUCUUUGGGACCUGCCGGUUUCUGGGGCUGAUCGCAGCAAGGCUUUUGAUGCGAAUCGUCUCCCGCGGCUCUCAUCCGCAGACGGCAGCCAUGCGACGCAAGGUCUGGAAGUCUUCGAAUCUGUUGGAGUGCAGAAUGAGGAGGCGACGCCAAGAGGCGAAGAGACCAAAGAAGCCCCAGUUGCAAUGCCAGCUGCUGAGCACCCCUUGCUGCUUGCGGUGGAGCAGAAGCCAGCUAAGCUUGGGAGAUACAGGCUGGCAAAGCAAAGUGGGGCGAGGGGCGUUCUGUGGUGCACGCAGGCUUUUGGAUGGAAAGUCUGGUUUCCGAAAGUUGAUUGCAAAGGGAAUUUUAUCACGUGGACUUCGCGAGCAUUUUGUGUGAAGAAGUUCAUGGUGUCAGGCGGCACUGAGGUUGAGGCUGAUGCAGCAGCUCUCGAGGCUGCGAUGGCCUUCCGCACAGAGCUGGUCGAGAAGGGCAUCCUCAGUGAGCCCAAGCUGAAGGACCCCGAGUUCACCAGCGAAGUGCUUGGGGUUUGCUGGUCAAAGAGUCGCAAAAAGUGGCAGGUGCAGGUGUCCCCGAACAAAAGCAAACGAAUUCAUGGCGGCUGCUUCACCGAGAAGGCAGCGGCCGAGGCCAAGGCUCUUGAGCUGCGGGAGAAGCAUGGCUUGCAGCUCCAGGUGAAGCCUGUGCCUGCGCUGGCAAACAGAUAUGCUGGGUUGCCAGUGUUCCACCCCAAGGUGCCAUACCCAGGGGUGACGUGGCACCUGCAAAAUCAAAGAUGGCGUGCAACGUGCCGAGUUGGUGGAGCCUGUCGACAUUUCGGGGUGAGGCCCAAGGACCACUCGGAGGCUGAGCUGGAGCGCUCCUUCAAGGUGGCUGUCGCGUGGAGGAAAAAGCAGGAGAUCCAGAAGCAAGGGAAGGCCGUGAAGCCAAAGGCGAAGCCUCCAAAGAAAUAGUGAAGGUGAGUGCACAAGCCACAGAUCCUAUAGAAUUGCAUGGCUCAUUUUCCCAGACCAUCGCAGUUCAGACCACUCGCAUGUAGCAUGCUUCACAGAGGAAAA